AUGGUAAUGGAUGUACCAGCAGAAGACCAAUUAUCUCAAAAUGAGUAUAAAUCGGUAAAAUUUUAUUCACCUUUAAAAGUGAGACCAACAGAUUCUAAUAUUAUUGAAACACAAAAGAAACAAUAUCCUUACAAAUCAAUGAAACCAUGUAUUUCAUUUAAUACAGUUCCAAUGAUAAAUGUUAAUGCUAAACGUAUUGAUAAACUCUAUAAACAAGAUUUUCCUGGUGUUCAAUUUCCAACAGAUUAUACAAUGGAAGAAUAUUAUGAUAAUGAAAGUGGAUACGCUGGUGAAAAUAAUACACAAUAUAAUUUGCAUAAUCAAUAUUUAUUAAAUAAUUUGAAUUCUGUUUCUACUCAUAUGUCGGUAAGACAACCAUCACCAACAAGAUUUCCAUCAUCAUCAGCAUCUAGUUCAAAUUUAUCAAAUGAUAAAUUUAGUUUAGGGAAGAGACAACAAUCUCAUAAAUCUAUUCAAUUAACAGAAAUGUUUAAAAUUGCGAAAAAUGGGAAAAUUGUUAGAGAAGAUUAUCCAACUAGACCUACAAUUCAAAAUAAUUCUUUAGUAUUAAAUAAUACAACAUCAAAAUGGGAUAAAUUAUGGACUUUACAUCGUUUACAACUUGAUAAUAGAACUUUACAUAAAGAGAAUUUUUUCAAAUAUCCUGAUAUUUUAUUUACUGAACAUAAACCGAAUAUUAAAGUAUUAGAAGAUAUGGAUUCAGAUGGUUUUACACCUUUAACAAAAAAUCAAAAGAGAAAAAUUAAAGUAAUUAAUGAAAGAAUUGGAUAUCCAAAUUUACCUAGAACCAUAUUAUGUAGAAUUGAUGGUAGAAAACAUACAUGGGUUGGUCUGGAUUGGUUAUUUACAAAUUGUAUUAAAGAUACUGAUCAUGUUAUUGUUGUAACUAAUUUACCUUCUUUAAUUACUAGAAGGAAACCAAAAUUACGUAGUGCAAGAAGCGCUACACGCUCCGGGUAUAAUGGUUAUGGUCAAUCAACAAGUGUUAGUAGAAGUAGAAGUCGUGGUAGAAGACGUAGCGCAUUAAGAGAUUCCGAUGAUUGUAAUUCCGGAAUUGAUACUGGUGAUAGUGAUUCGGAUGAUGACGAUGAUACUAAUGAUUCACCAAGUACAGUAAAUUCAUGGUAUCCUGGGUAUGAUAUUAAUCAAAUUAGAGCCAAAAUGAGAGAUAUUCAAAUUUAUAUCGAAUCUUUAUUAUUAUUAAACAAUCCAAGUCGCGAUAUUAAGUUAACAAUUGAAAUAACAGUUGGUAAGACAAUAAACUGUCUUUGUAACACUACUAACAUUUAUACUCCUGAUCUAAUAGUUACAUCAAAUUUAAAUGUGGAAGCUGUAGUUAAAUGGAAAUCAAAUUAUAUAUCAGAUAAAUUGUGCAGUUCUUUCCCAAUACCUGUAAUUGUCGUUCCUGCAUUAUAUAUGAACAAUUUUGAAAAAGUUGUUGAAAUGAAAUCUCAACAAUUGAUGACUAUACCAGGUCAAGAACCUUCUCGAAUUAUUCCAGUGCCUUCGAAAGAGAAACAAACUGGUCAAGAAUUACUUGAAGUAUUAGAUCAAAUGACUUACAAAUCAUUAAAGGAGAGUAUUAAAUUGAAUAAAAUUACUUCACAAGCUAAGAAAAAACAAAUGGUUGAUGUUGUAAAUACAUCGCUAUCAAUACCUCAAAAGAGCAAGAAGAAAUCAAGUAAAAAAUCAAAAUCAAAGUCAUCAAAAGUAUAUCCUUCAUCUUUAUCCCCAGUUUCAUCAAUUUCGGACAUAGAAUCGAAUAACCUUCAAACUAAUGAUCUCCAUCGUCUAAAACCCGUUAAAUCUGUAUCAUAUAACGUAGCUGAACAUACUGAUCCACAUACUAUCCCAAUAUACAGAUCGAAGAGCUCUGCAGAAAGAAUACCAUUGAAACAUUAUAAAUCUAACUCAGAAGUACCAAGAAAACAUAUCAGUUCUAGUAGUAGUUCAGCAUCUAGUAACAAGGGUUUCUUUUCGUCGUUAUUUAAAGGUAGCGCCACUACUUCAGGAACCAAGGAGAAAAAGAAAGGGAUAUUUUGGUAA